UGCAGGUGUCUAGAUUCGUACUUGUUGCCAACGGUUCAAAACUAAGUCUUGAAGGCUUAUUUCCAAUUCUGUUUUUAAACGAUUCACUACAUUAACUAUUGACAUAAUGGCUGGAAUUCCACCUCCCAAUAAGAACCCAGAGAUUAAGUUUACCAAGAUUUUCAUUAACAACCAGUUCGUUGAUUCAGCCAAUGGCAAGACUUACCCUGUUAUCAAUCCUUACACGACGAAGAAGAUUUGUGACGUUCAGGAAGGAAGUAAGACUGACAUCGAUAAAGCUGUCCAGGCAUGUAAAUUAGCGUUCAAGCGUGGAACACCGUGGAGACGCAUGGAUGCCAGUCGCCGUGGACAUCUUUUAUAUCGUCUGGCUGACCUUUUUGAGAGAGAUAUAGCCCACUUAUCAAGUUUGGAAACUUUGAAUACAGGCAAGCCCUAUAAGAAUUCUUACCAAGAUAUGGUACACAGUGUCCAGAUAUUGCGUUAUUUUGCUGGUUGGGCGGAUAAAAAUAUGGGACAGAACAUUCCUGUUGAUGGUGACUUCUUCAGUGUUACCAAACAUGAACCUGUUGGUAUUUGUGGCCUUAUCAUACCUUGGAACUAUCCAAUAGUGAUGAUGACUUGCAAAAUGGCCCCUGCUUUAUCAUGUGGUAACUGCAUUGUAAUCAAGCCUGCUGAGCAAACACCUCUCACUGCUCUGUAUUGUGCAUCACUGGUGAAAGAGGCUGGCUUCCCACCAGGUGUUGUAAAUGUGGUACCGGGAUAUGGUACAACAUGUGGCCAGUCGAUUUCAUCACAUCAAGACAUCAACAAAGUAUCUUUCACUGGAUCAACUGAGGUUGGCAAGUUGGUAAUGCAAGCUGCUGGUAGCAGUAAUUUGAAACGUUGCUCUCUGGAACUCAGCGGAAAAUGUCCUCUAGUCGUCUUUCCUGAUACUGAUCUUGAUUUUGCCGUGCAACAGGCUCACGAAGCUGCUUUUGAGAACAUGGGUCAAUGCCGCUGGUCUGGAGCUCGAACCUACGUCCAUGAGAGUAUCUAUGAAGAGUUUAUAAAGCGAUCAGUAGAACAUGCAACCCAAAGGAAAAUUGGUGAUCCUUAUGAACUGGAGACUGAACAUGGACCUCAGAUUGAUGAAGAGCAGUACAACAAAGUUAUAGAUUAUAUAAAGAGCGCACAGGAACAAGGUGCAAAGUUGAAAUAUGGCGGUAACAAGCAUGGAGACAAAGGCUACUACAUCGAACCAACUGUCUUUUCUGAUGUUUCCGACAACAUGAAGAUUGCGAAGGAAGAGAUUUUUGGUCCGGUGCAGCUGCUGAUGAAAUUCCGUGAUCUUGACGAAGUAAUCGAUCGCUGCAACCAGAGCGACUAUGGAAUGGCUGCUGCCAUUUUUACCAAUGAUGUCAACAAAAUUAUGACUUUCACGAACGCCGUCAAUACUGGCACAGUUUGGGUGAAUACUUACCACUAUUGGUUCCCACAAGCACCGUUUGGCGGUUACAAGACAUCUGGAAUAUCUAGAGAGAUGGGAAAAUACGCACUUCGUGAAUACACAGAGGUUAAAAGCAUCAUCUACAGAAUUCCACAGAAAAACUCCUAAUUGCUGACAAGAUCGUUCAAGAAAUUAUAUUGAGUAAAGAACAAGAAUGAUUUUAAAAUGCCUGUCUGAAAGACCUGUUGACUCCAACAACAAGAACAGCAACAAUGAUAUUACUCCUAAUGAUAAUAUUUUCAUUAGUACAGCAACUAAUACAAAAUUAAACUAUAAAUUUCGCUAGUGCAUGUAUGUCCAUUGCUAAACAACGUUAUUUAAUUAAUUAUUUAUUAUUAAUUAAUUUUUUUUAAAUGCUUCAUCCGCUAAUUCUGUACUAAUCCUGCAUACAUUUUUCAAACAUGAAAAAAAUCUAUAAAAAGUUUGAAGAUGAGGAAAAAGAUUUAUUUUCAAGAAGUUGGGUUUGGUAGAACUUGAUAAUGGUAGGUAUUGGAAUAGAUAUCUGAAGUUGAAAGAACUGUAAAGGGAUUAAAACUGGGGAAUAGCAAACAAUUCUAGAAAUACUGUGUGAUUGCGUAAUUAAGGUGGUUUUGAUAGAAUAGAAUAGCCUUGAAAUGCGAGGAUAUGGCUAUAUUAAUUACUGAAGAGUACUGGAUAUAAAGAGGUGAAAAGAGGUGGAAAGCUGUCGUGGAUACGGUGCGUCAUAAGGGUGCAUAUGUGCUGGGAAUACUUUUACCUACGUACCUGUCUGUACGUGUACAUAGUUGGAAUUAUUUCCAGAGCAACUUCGAUAUGACAAUGUAAGCAAUUUAAGCACAAAUUAAUUUGCUACUCAUAAACACACCGAGAGUCAUACACUUGCGUACACGUACAUGUAUUAUAUCUAUCUAUCUAUCUAUCUAUCUAUCUAUAUAUAUAUAUAUAUAUAUAUAUAUAUAUAUAUA